CUAUUUUAUUUUUUGCUUAGUUUUUAUAUAUAAAUGUAAACACCACCACCAAAUUAUUAAACAUUAGUAUAGUAAAAGUAACUUCUCAAUUCUUGCUGAAUUAAAAUUGAAAGGUACAUAAUAUAAAAAAAAAAUGACAUCCUUUAUGAGGAAGGGCAAAAUCUAGGAUAAAUACGUGUUCUCUACAAAAAAAAUUUCUCCUUGAUAGUUUUAUUUUGUUCCUUUGCGUUCAGAUGUUUGAGUGGUCUCAUCCUAGUUGGAAUCAUGAUUCUAUCUCGAUGUUAAUAUGGGUUUUGACAAGAUUUUUACGUUAAACAACAAAAUUUUUGUUUUAGAGAAGAAGUGUCACUCCCAAUAGGCGGUUCUUGCAAUGAAGGUAUGUGGUAUGCCUGAUGCUAUUGUUCACGAUAGGAGCUUGUCAUACAAAGUUACAUAGAGACAUUGAGAGGGAAAUCUAAUUUUAGAACAAUAAUCUUUUAGCUCAUAGAUGAAGAACAAUAAUUGUUUGCUUUGUAAUGCAUGUUUUUUGUUAAGUUCGUUGUGCAUUUUGAUGUGGAGAGUUUGGGAGAGAAUAGAAAGUUUUGUUGAUGGUGAUAGAGAAGAGAGACAAACUGUUUGUAUAAACUGGCAUAGAGAGAGGUGGAUGUCCAGAUGGGUAAUGGUUUCUAGUUUCUCCACAUUUUAACGUAGUUUAGUUUAUUGACAUGCUGGAUUAGCAAUCUGCAGCAUUUUUAUUUUUAUUUUUGUGUGCUUAAUGGGUUACACUAGUUUAUUGAAUAUAAACUAGGGAUCCAACUCUUUACAAUAUAAGAUAUUCAAGAGCAAACAAUGAAAUAUUCGCAGGACUUUUGAGAGCUUUAAGUGGGUCAUGGUCCCUUUUCCACCCCUGGUUCUGCCUUUGUACAUGUUAUUGCUGGAAAAGGAGAGUUGGAGAGAGAGAGAGAGAGAGAGGCCACCAUUAACAAACCAAACGAAACCAAGCCAAGCCUUAAGUGUCUCAUCUAUGGGCCGGCUACAUGAAUCUUUCUUCCCCAAUUGACUCUAUCAAUAGGCCAUUUGGUUAGUCAAAUUUAGGAGAUUCAUAUCUCUAUUUACUACACUAGCCCACUAUAUAUGUUGAAAUUAGUGAAAGAUAAGAUGUGUUUGCCUUGAGGUAUUAGUAGAGGGGCUAUCUAUAGAUAUUUUCACUUUUGGCUUGGGCAGGUGAAAUGGUGACACCUGUUUUAUAUGUAUUGAAGUGCUGUAAUCUUUUUCCCAUCUGGCAUCCCCCUGUUGCCUUCCAGUCACUAGCAUUAUGCUCUUAUGCCCCCCAAGAUGAUUAACUCCUUGAAGCCCCUAGAUCGAUCCCACAGCAUAACAUGGAAAAUGGCUGCCCAGUGCUUGCACCUACCUCUUUGAUGGGCCAUACUAAUAAAAUUUUCAAUUUGUCUAAGGUUCCAUUUCAUCUUUUGGACAAAUUUGCAUCACUGGUCUAGGCUCGAAUUAAGAAGAUAAUGCAAGCUGAUGAAGAUGUGGGGAAGAUUGCUAUGGCUGUUCCUCUUUUAGUUUCUAAAGCGUUGGAACUAUUUCUACAAGAUCUUUGCGAUCGAACAUAUGAGAUAACCCUCCAGCGGGGAGCCAAAACUGUGAAUUCUUUGCAUUUAAAACAGUGUGUACAAAGCUUUAGUGUAUUUGAUUUCUUGAGGGAGAUUGUCAGCAAGGUUCCUGAUUUAGGUGGUUCUGAUGCUGCUGGUGAGGACAGAUCUGCUGCCAAAAGAAGGAAAAUUGCUGAUGAUGAAGAGCAUGACAGUGAUGAUGAGAUGAAGAGGGGGAGGACGCAUGAGACUGGCCACACCAGUAGUAGUGGCAGAGGAAGGGGUAGGGGUAGAGGUAGAGGUCGUGGUAGAGGUAGAACAGUCGAGAGGGAGUUGCCUGUUCAUAAUGAGAAAUUUGAAGAUGAUCCUGACAUUUCUCAGCACAAUGAGAAGGAAAAGCAAAACGAUGAAAGGCUGGAUAAUGGUGCAGUUCCUGAAUGCUCCAAGGAGAGCAUUGCAGUUUCUAAGAAUGCAGAAGCAACAGCUCGAAAUUUUGACCUCAAUGUGGGCUUGGACGAGAGUGAGGACUCAACCACUGUGCUAGCCUCCACUACCCCUGCUGUGCUAGCUGCCACUACCCCUGCUUCUACCUCAUCAACAAAGCCUGCUCUUGAAAUGAAGCACGAGGAAUAUCCUGGCUGGUCCCUUGCUGACAUGGAAAAAAUGGCCAUUGAUCCUGUUCAACUUGCCAAUUUAAAUGGAAGGAUAGAUGAAGAGGAGGAAGAUUAUGACGAAGAGGGGUAACUCUCCGAAAUGCCCCUAGUGCUUGCGUUAAUUUACAUUAUACAUGUUGGUAGCUCCUUAGAUUCUUAUAUUAGAUAUUGAAUAGAUGUUAAUGGAUAUGGUUGGGGAGACAGGUAGGCAAUUUAGGGAAAUGAGGAAGUGCUCUAGAUGAUGUUUAUUGGCAUUUCUAGAAGGUUGUAUAAUAUAUUAGUAUGUUUCUGUACUUGUUCACUAAUUAACAGCAAUGAUCUUAAAACAUAUUGAUGGUCGUAAGAAUGUGAGCAUAUCCUUUUUUACAUUUGUGUAAUCAUUCCUUGUUUGAGCCA